CUGUUUGCAGGCUGGAAAACCAAAACUGAAGUUGUCUUUUGUCACAGGCUGAGUGCAACUGACUAGGGAGGAAGUGUCCCGAAGCUCUGCAAACUGGCCAGUGAGCCAGGAGGCGUGGACCGGCGGUCGGACCCCGCAGCACCCCCAAGGAUGAGCGGCCGCUUCUUCCCUGCCUCCCGGCCGUUACCCUUUUAAAUGUCAGCGUUCGAGACUGUAGGGGUAGCACGAGGCAGUGGAACGGAACAGUCGGAUUGGCCGCACGCCUCAGUUCUAGACGCACCUCUCCACCGAAAGGCCGUUCUGACUGGCAGGGGGAGAAAGUAAACAGAGUUGAAUCACCCUCCCCACUGGCCAAUUGGAGGGGGUUUGGAUUGUGACGUGAUGGGAUUCUGCGAAAUUGUUACUGAGCGAGAGAAUGCCGGAACGGUGCGGACCGGCCAGAGCAGGGGCUCAGCAGCCGUCCGUGGACUGGGGGAAAAGUGUGUCUUAGACCUUGCGCUCGGUCCGGUCCUGGCCACCCGCGUCGGGGUGGUGGGGUGAAUGUCUAGGGGCUUUGGCUCGACGGUGAGGCGGCCGAGGGCGUGUGCUUCUCUGGCAAUUUCCUCUCCCGGCGCCUCGGGGGCGUUUUCAGUCGUUUAAACUUGCGACCGCCACGUGUGGCAUCUUUCCAAGGGAGCCGGCUGAGAGGGGCCGGCGCGCCUGUCGUGGAGAUCGCGCCCGGAGAAGGGCAGGGAUAGUGGCCGGAGGCAGCGGCGCGGCGGAGCCCCGGGCCGUGGAUGCUGCGUGCGGAGGCGCUGACGGUUACGUAAAGAUGAGGGGCUGAGGUCGCCUCGGCGCUCUAGCGAGUCGGAAGCGCCCCGCGCCCCCGCCCCCUUGGCCGCCGCGCCGCGCUGCGCUCGUCGUCCGAGGCCAGGGCAGCCAGAGCCGAACCUCCGCAGCCACCGCCAACUUUGACCGCGCCUCCGAGGCUGCUGUCUCCCGCACCAUGUCCGCGGCCGCCUACAUGGACUUUGUGGCUGCCCAGUGUCUGGUUUCCAUUUCGAACCGCGCUGCGGUGUCGGAGCAUGGGGGCGCUCCAGAAACCGAGCGGCUGCGACUACCUGAGCGCGAGGUGACCAAGGAACACGGUGACCCGGGGGACACCUGGAAGGAUUACUGCACGCUGGUCACCAUUGCCAAGAGCUUGUUGGAUCUGAACAAGUACCGACCCAUCCAGACCCCAUCGGUGUGCAGCGACAGUCUGGAGAGUCCUGAUGAGGAUAUGGGAUCCGACAGCGACGUGACCACCGAAUCUGGGUCGAGUCCUUCCCACAGCCCGGAGGAGAGACAGGAUCCUGGCAGCGCGCCCAGCCCGCUCUCCCUCCUCCACCCUGGAGUGGCUGCGAAAGGGAAACACGCCUCCGAAAAGAGGCACAAGUGCCCCUACAGUGGCUGUGGGAAAGUCUAUGGAAAAUCCUCCCAUCUCAAAGCCCAUUACAGAGUGCAUACAGGUGAGCGGCCCUUUCCCUGCACGUGGCCAGACUGCCUUAAAAAGUUCUCCCGCUCAGAUGAGCUGACCCGCCACUACCGGACCCACACUGGGGAAAAGCAGUUCCGCUGUCCACUGUGUGAGAAGCGCUUCAUGAGGAGUGACCAUCUCACAAAGCACGCUCGGCGUCACACCGAGUUCCACCCCAGCAUGAUCAAGCGAUCGAAAAAGGCGCUGGCCAACCCCUUGUGAGGUGCUACCCACGGCAGCCAGGGAGGGAUGGACCCCAGAGGACAACACAACUCCCAGGACACAGACGGACACAUGGAAACCAAGCCCCAGAAGAGGCUUGCUGACAGCAGGAGGUCACUGCUCUUUGGUCAAUAUUCUGAUUUUUUUCUCUCCCUAUAUUGUUUUUUAAAAGCACAUGGUAGCCUCAGAUCAAAGUGAACACUUGUCCCCUUGCAGAGACAACUCGGGGAACCGUCUCUGACUGCUGGAGGGAGGCAUAUGCUUUUGUUUUUUUUCUCCUUUAGGUUUUUUUUUUGGGGGGG